GACGUCGGCAGACUGGACAUACCUGAGGGUAGCCAUUGUGCUUCUGCUAACUCUGAGGGGAGUGGCGUGCAGGUGCUUGAGUGGAAGGCAGGACGCCCAGGUCACCACUUUGUGCUUGCAUAUCUGUUUGUUUUCAAGGUGCUCUAGAAAGUUCGGCACGUGAAGCACCUGCGAUAUUAGCCACGCCUUCCAAAUCCGUCGUCCCAGCGUCUCUCAAACCGUCCUUCGACGAGCCUGACUAGACAACCCUUUGAAUGCUGGAGGACGAGCAUUCACCCGGUCUCUGGGAUGCCUCUGGUGCGCUGUGCCUGUGAAGCUGGCCCUUUCCUGCCUGGAGGCCUCGAGAAACGGAGUAGAUCUGUCCAGAUGGGCUACAAUGAUGUCAUAGCCUCAGCUGGCGGUCUCCAGUUCAGGCCGUCUCACUUGACCUCUACCCCACCUUUCCAAGUUUCUACCAUUCCUUGAUCUCCCCCCCCUCCAUCAUCAUGACCACCUCCCCGCCGAAAGCGAUACCCAAGGCGGUGUUGUACUAUGACCAGAAGUCUGUGUGGUCAUCGGCCGGUAAAUACCAUUCUUUAUUCUCUCGCAUUUCCCGCAGAGGCCUGUCAUUUCAUUGACCGACUGAGUACAGUACGAAUCGCUCUGGAAGAGAAAGGGUAUGGAGACGAUGAAGUCGAUCUGAAGAUUGUGCAUUUGGAGAAAGGAGAAAAUUACUCUCCCUCAUUUCUAAGGU